AUGGAAACUUCCUUUUUUACCUUUGGAACUACAACGUCUCCAAGUACCCCACCGAUAACAAUAUCAGUAACGUCAUCAUCAUCAACAACAUCAGUAAAAACAUCGGCAACUAAGUCAGAAACCACAUCAGAGACAACGUCAGCAGCGAUCACAACAGCAGGAACAAAAUCAAAUGACUCGACGCCAAAGUCAACUUCGUCACCGAAUAUUUUCACUUCUUAUUUGACUUUUGGAACUACACCGUCUCCAAGUAUCCGUCCGAUAACAACGUCACCAACGUCACCAUCAAAAACAUCAGCAAAAACAUCAGCGACAAAGUCAGAAACCACAUCAGAGACAACGUCAGCAUCGAUCAAAACAGCAGAAACAAAAUCGUAUGACUCGACGCCAAAGUCAACCUCGUCACCGAUUAUGGACACUUCUUAUUUGACUUUUGGAACUACAACGUCUAACCACACGAGAAAGAAUAUACACCCAGAAACAGAAACCAGUACUAAAAACAACAGUCUUACAAUCAUGGUAAUCAUGAUUACCACUCUUGGUUGUAUCUUGAUAAUUGCUGCUAUUGUGAUAAUUGUUGUUCUACGGUUGAAGCAAAGACGAGACCGACAACAAGCUGAACGUGAUGCGGUUGAAAUAAAUGACUCGAUCGAUGAUGAAGUUGCAACAGAUCGUAAACAGGAUACAAGUUACCGGUCGUUUGGCAGAUUGUCGGGAAUUCGACAAGGUGAAUUGAUGAAUAACGUUCUAUGCGAGUUCAGUGAUGGGAUUAUCCAGAAUUCGAUUUUGCGAUCAAGGGAUGAUCAGUCAAACACCGAUCUCUACACCAUACCGGACAAGACAGGAAUCAUAAAUCGUGUCGCAAAGACAGAGAUCGUACCUGUCAGUUCCCAUAGCAACAGCUCGAUAAAUCGUCAUCAGCAUGAGCAGAACGAAUUCAAGCAAGAGGACCAGCAUAAGAAUAUUGACAUGCCAAUCCUGGGAACCGGAGAGGACGACGAUAGAAAUAUCCCCAUCUAUGCAAUGCCUGAAAAAGGACCAAGAUCCACAAGAAAUACCAUGAACACUAGUCCAGGAUCGGUAUCUAGAGAGGAUGAUGCAAAAGAGACCAGGGUCUAAAGAAAACAUGA